AUGGUUCUCUCUCAUCUCGGCUGCACACAGUGCAUCUCCCGGAAGCGUGCACUUCUGAUCCUCGGUUUGAAGAGCCCCAGCACCUCCUUCCAAUGCUCAUGCCCAUGCCCAUGUCCCUUCUCUGCAUCCGGUGACCUCUCCAAGGAUGUAGCAAGUGAGAUGGGUGCCGAUUUUUCUGCGAUGCCAUCCACCGUCUCUGGUCUUGAUGACAUUAACCGAGAUGAUUGGAUCCUGACUCUUCCUCAGCUGUUAUUCCCCCACCGUCACUUCACUGUCGGAUUUCUCCGACGGCCCCAUCGAGGAGGCUUACCCGCGUUGCCAAUGACCCACCCAAUUGAGGAGAGUCAACUUCUCCCCUGGUCCCUGACUAUUGCGAAGACAUCAAAGGAGCUGUUAGUCCAAUGA